CCCCUCCCCCCCAGGCCUGAUGAGCAGGUCUCGCGCCUCCAUCCAUCGGGGGAGCAUCCCCGCGAUGUCCUAUGCCCCCUUCAGAGAUGUACGGGGACCCCCUAUGCACCGAACCCAAUACGUUCAUUCCCCGUAUGAUCGUCCUGGUUGGAACCCUCGGUUCUGCAUCAUCUCGGGGAACCAGCUGCUCAUGCUGGAUGAGGACGAGAUACACCCCCUUCUGAUCCGGGACCGGAGGAGCGAGUCCAGCCGCAACAAACUGCUGAGACGCACGGUCUCCGUGCCUGUGGAGGGGCGGCCCCACGGCGAGCAUGAAUACCACUUGGGUCGCUCGAGGAGGAAGAGUGUCCCAGGGGGGAAGCAGUACAGCAUGGAGGCCGCCCCCGCUGCGCCCUUCCGGCCCUCGCAAGGCUUCCUGAGCCGGCGGCUAAAAAGCUCCAUCAAACGCACGAAGUCACAACCCAAACUUGACCGGACCAGCAGCUUUCGCCAGAUCCUGCCUCGCUUCCGAAGUGCUGACCAUGACCGGGCCCGGCUGAUGCAAAGCUUUAAGGAGUCGCACUCCCAUGAGUCCUUGCUGAGUCCUAGCAGUGCAGCCGAGGCCUUGGAACUCAACUUGGAUGAAGAUUCCAUUAUCAAGCCAGUGCACAGCUCCAUCCUAGGCCAGGAGUUCUGUUUUGAGGUAACAACAUCGUCAGGAACAAAAUGUUUUGCCUGUCGGUCUGCGGCCGAAAGAGACAAAUGGAUCGAGAACUUACAGCGGGCAGUGAAACCCAACAAGGACAACAGUCGCCGGGUGGACAACGUGCUGAAGCUGUGGAUCAUAGAGGCCCGGGAGCUGCCGCCCAAGAAGCGGUACUACUGCGAGCUCUGCCUGGAUGACAUGCUGUAUGCACGUACCACCUCCAAGCCCCGCUCCGCCUCGGGGGACACCGUCUUCUGGGGCGAGCACUUCGAGUUUAACAACCUGCCGGCGGUCCGUGCCCUGCGGCUGCAUCUGUACCGUGACUCAGACAAAAAGCGCAAGAAAGACAAGGCGGGCUACGUUGGCCUAGUGACUGUGCCGGUGGCCACCCUGGCUGGGCGCCACUUCACAGAGCAGUGGUACCCCGUAACCCUGCCAACAGGCAGUGGGGGGUCUGGGGGCAUGGGCUCGGGAGGAGGAGGGGGCUCGGGAGGUGGCUCAGGGGGCAAAGGCAAAGGAGGUUGCCCAGCUGUGCGGCUGAAAGCACGGUACCAGACAAUGAGCAUCCUGCCCAUGGAGCUGUACAAAGAGUUUGCAGAGUACGUCACCAACCAUUAUCGGAUGCUGUGUGCCGUACUGGAGCCCGCCCUGAAUGUCAAGGGCAAGGAGGAAGUUGCCAGUGCUCUGGUUCACAUCCUGCAGAGUACGGGCAAAGCCAAGGAUUUCCUUUCAGACAUGGCCAUGUCUGAGGUAGACCGGUUCAUGGAACGGGAGCACCUCAUAUUCCGCGAGAACACGCUCGCCACUAAAGCCAUAGAAGAGUACAUGAGACUGAUUGGUCAGAAAUACCUCAAGGAUGCCAUUGGGGAGUUCAUCCGUGCCCUGUAUGAGUCUGAGGAGAACUGUGAGGUGGACCCCAUCAAGUGCACGGCGUCCAGUCUGGCAGAGCACCAGGCCAACCUGCGGAUGUGCUGUGAGUUGGCCCUGUGCAAGGUGGUCAACUCUCAUUGCGUGUUCCCGAGGGAGCUGAAGGAGGUGUUUGCGUCUUGGCGGCUGCGGUGCGCAGAGCGGGGCCGGGAGGACAUCGCAGACAGGCUGAUCAGCGCCUCGCUCUUCCUGCGCUUCCUCUGCCCAGCCAUUAUGUCGCCCAGUCUCUUUGGGCUCAUGCAAGAGUACCCAGAUGAGCAGACCUCACGAACCCUUACCCUCAUCGCCAAGGUCAUCCAGAACCUGGCCAACUUUUCCAAGUUUACCUCAAAGGAGGACUUCCUGGGAUUCAUGAAUGAGUUCCUGGAGCUGGAGUGGGGUUCCAUGCAGCAGUUUCUAUACGAGAUCUCUAACCUGGACACGCUGACCAACAGCAGCAGCUUUGAGGGUUACAUCGACUUGGGCCGAGAGCUCUCCACACUGCAUGCCCUGCUCUGGGAGGUGCUGCCCCAGCUCAGCAAGGAAGCCCUGCUGAAGCUCGGCCCACUGCCCCGGCUCCUCAAUGACAUCAGCACAGCUCUGAGGAACCCCAACAUCCAAAGGCAGCCGAGCCGCCAGAGUGAGCGGCCCCGGCCUCAACCUGUGGUGCUGCGGGGACCGUCAGCCGAGAUGCAGGGCUACAUGAUGCGGGACCUCAACAGCUCCAUGGACAUGGCUCGCCUCCCCUCCCCAACCAAGGAAAAGCCGCCCCCACCACCACCGGGUGGUGGUAAAGACCUGUUCUACGUCAGCCGUCCACCCCUGGCACGCUCUUCGCCAGCGUACUGCACGAGCAGCUCAGACAUCACGGAGCCAGAGCAGAAGAUGCUGAGCGUCAACAAGAGUGUGUCCAUGCUGGACCUGCAGGGCGAUGGGCCUGGCGGCCGCCUCAACAGCAGCAGCGUCUCCAACCUGGCAGCUGUUGGGGACCUGCUGCACUCGAGCCAGGCCUCUCUGACGGCAGCCUUGGGGCUGCGGCCUGCACCUCCUGGACGCCUCUCGCAGGGGAGUGGCUCGUCCAUCACAGCAGCUGGCAUGCGUCUCAGCCAGAUGGGUGUCACCACGGAUGGUGUCCCUGCUCAGCAACUGCGCAUCCCCCUGUCCUUCCAGAACCCUCUCUUCCACAUGGCUGCCGAUGGGCCAGGCCCCCCAGCAGGCCAUGGAGGGGGCGGUGGCCAUGCCCCACCCUCCUCCCAUCACCAUCACCACCACCAUCACCACCACCGAGGCGGAGAGCCCCCUGGGGACACCUUCGCCCCAUUCCAUGGCUAUAGCAAGAGUGAGGAUCUCUCCUCAGGGGUCCCCAAGCCCCCCGCGGCCUCCAUCCUUCAUAGCCACAGCUACAGUGAUGAGUUUGGACCCUCUGGCACUGACUUCACCCGUCGGCAGCUCUCACUCCAGGACAACCUGCAGCACAUGUUGUCCCCUCCCCAGAUCACCAUUGGUCCCCAGAGGCCAGCCCCCUCAGGGCCUGGAGGUGGGGGCAGUGGGGGCAGUGGUGGGGGUGGCGGAGGCCAGCCGCCUCCUUUGCAGAGGGGCAAGUCCCAGCAGUUGACAGUCAGCGCUGCUCAGAAACCCCGGCCGUCCAGCGGGAAUCUGUUGCAGUCCCCAGAGCCGAGUUACGGCCCCGCUCGCCCACGGCAACAGAGCCUCAGCAAGGAGGGCAGCAUUGGGGGCAGCGGGGGCAGCGGUGGCGGAGGGGGUGGGGGGCUCAAGCCCUCCAUCACCAAGCAGCAUUCUCAGACACCGUCCACACUGAACCCCACGAUGCCAGCCUCGGAGCGGACAGUGGCCUGGGUCUCCAACAUGCCGCACCUGUCAGCCGACAUCGAGAGUGCCCACAUUGAGCGGGAAGAGUACAAGCUCAAGGAGUACUCAAAAUCGAUGGAUGAGAGCCGGCUGGAUAGGGUGAAGGAGUACGAGGAGGAGAUCCACUCACUGAAGGAGCGGCUACACAUGUCCAACCGGAAGCUGGAAGAAUAUGAGCGGAGGCUGCUCUCCCAGGAAGAACAGACCAGCAAAAUCCUGAUGCAGUACCAGGCCCGACUGGAGCAGAGUGAGAAGAGGCUGAGGCAGCAGCAGGUGGAGAAGGACUCACAGAUCAAGAGCAUCAUUGGCAGGCUGAUGCUGGUGGAGGAGGAGCUGCGCCGGGACCACCCCGCCAUGGCUGAGCCGCUGCCCGAACCCAAGAAGAGGCUGCUCGACGCUCAGCUCCUCAUCAGGUAAUUCUCCUGGUUCCGCUUUGACCACGGGCGGAAGACACAGGGGGAGGUGACUCCGGACCACUGCAGGUUGGUCGUGAAGCCCACUCCCCUACCACUCUGCAGAGCCUCACCCCCUCACUGCUGCCUGCACACCAAGAGCGCCUCGCAGACCCCACCCUCCUGACACUGCACAGACCCAUCUCCCAAGACAGCACUCACAGAGAGCACUUGCUGCUGCGUCCCAGACUCUACAGCAGUGCCCUAGCCACACUGAGAGCCUGACCCUAGAUGGACCCAGCGCAUUCACAGGUUACACCCCCUUUCCUCUGAAGGUCACGCCCACCCUCCCAGCCUCCUCCUAACUCCAAAUCCUCUUCCUCGCCAGUGUAUGUCUGUCACCCCCCAUUUCACCAGAGUGUCCUUGGGGAUGGGUGGGGUGACGGGGUGGAGAUGAUGAUGGGCUGGGAGGCCCUGGCUGUAGAGGCUGUGCCAACUGCAGCAGGUAGGUUGGGGUUUCUUCCUUUCCUAACCUUGGUUCUGUAGCCCGCCUCCUUUCCACGCCUCACCUCUUUCUUCCUCCUCCGUGAGGCAGAGGCACUGAGGUUUGUAUCAGCCCUCAAUGGAUGGGAAUUAGUGGGCAGUUAACUCAGGGAGACUGGGGCUGGGGGAGGCUAGGAAAAAAUGCUGUGGGAAUGUCGCAACCGUAAGCAGUGUGGGUGGAACAAGGAGGAACAAGAAAGGAACCUUGGACAGACCCUAGGACGUAGACCUGCCCAUGUGGCCUGGGGGAAGAUGUCUUCCCAGCUCAGACCAUCGGGGCCAGGGAGCCAUGCUGAUUCCCGGGCAGAUGCCAGCCACAGCACGUUCAGUAACCUCUCCAUUCUGUCAGAGCUCACGCCCCCUCUCUCACCACCCCCUGGCCUGUCGGACACUAAUCCUAGCUAAAAAGCCAGUAAUUGGGAACCUGUCAGCCACACGUCAUUUCUGAGAUGCUUUGUUUUCUGCAGGUUUGAUUUGCAGUGGGCAGUGGCUCCUCACACUGUAAUUUUAACUCUGCCUGCCCAGUCUCUCUGUCAAAGUAGUCAGCAAUCUGUAAACAGAUGCUACAAGGCACCAGGGGACCCUACCAUUCAAAGGACUCCUGCAGUGAAUUCUUUUGUAAAAUGAAUAAUGGUACCCUAAUUUAUCUACUUUCUAAAUUUGGGUCCAUGGGGGUGUAGGGGGCAUGCCUGCGUGCCUCAUCCUCGGGAGGGGACCCGUAGGGGCUCUCCCUCUGCUCCCUGCCGUUCUCAGACACCAUCUGUAAUUUCCGCUCCCUGACUGCAGUGUGUGAGCUACCAGCAAGCAGACAGGGCAGCUUUGCUUAACACGGGAGUCUGGGCGACCUUCUGAGGGGUGAGCUCUGUGGCCCCGGGAUGGAAGAGAGCGCUGCCCUGGGCAACCUGACUUGGAAUAUUUCUGUAUCCUCUGGAGAUAGGUCAGGCAUAGAUAUUUUGCCAGGCCUAAGGCUCCUAGGGCCCAGGAAAGAAUUUUAACAUUGGUUCUAAACCAUUUGUAGG